AUGUACAGGUACCUUUAUCUAUAUGCUCUCACUAUAUUACGUAUUUUGAGUGUUAUUUACCUCACCGAAUUUUUUUGCCAGGAAGAUACUGAUCAGAGAGCACUUGACAAAAUCAAUUUAUUCCUGAAACCCUCAGCAGCCGCCGCAAAACCAAGAAAGCCACUAUGGCAAAGGAAGUAUGGGAUAAUUCGAAAAGAGCAUACGAGGACACAGGAAUUGUUCGAAUACUUGGUUUAUAUUCUAGCCUAUUCGAGACCAGAUUUGAAUAAUCUUUCUCCAUGCAAGAGUAGUACAUCGACAAUAGGUGAACCUUUCAAAGAUAACGUUGUCAGAGGGAUAAUCCUAGGAGGCUCACCAGAAGAAUACAAACCAUUAAUAUUAGUCAUUCAAGGUUCCAAGCAAGUGACUCCUGUUGAAUUCGUUGAGAGUUUACUUGUUCAACAAAAUGUUAGGGAUAUCAGGGUUAAAUCUUCCAAACUGGCAUUAUACAGCAAUAGGAACAGCAAGAUUCAGAAUACACAACAGAAUCCGAGAAGAGGUCCCAGAUGUUUCAACUGCAAUGCCUAUAAUCUUAAAGCGGAUCCGAAUGUCCGAAGCCCAGGAAGGAUAAUAGUUGUUUUAUUAUUAGCAUUGAAACCUCUUCCCCCAAUACUCGUAGGAGAAGGAAAACUUUUGGCUAUCUGCUUCUUCAUGGAUGGCUUCAGGGCUCGGAAAAGGAGCGUAGUCUUCAGAAAGCGACCUUUCAAACCAUUCUCUAGCAAUGAGGUAGUUGUAGUGAGUGGCGCAAGACUAGGUCGCAUCAUGGAGAAUCCACAGACUACUACGACGGCCCAGCACCAGCCGCUCAACAAUCAGGAUGCGGAAAACGCAGGAAUUGACAAUGCGGUCAAGGCAGAAGACAAUAAUUGGCGCCAGGCGAGAUUCACGAAAAUCAAGGAAAAGAUUAUGCCAAGCAUCCGAAUAACCUUUUUGAUAUCAUUGGUCUUCAAUGUCGCCAUGCUGGUGAUUGGAUGUCUAGCAGUUAACAAGUGUCCAGUUCAAGAAUAUGUCCCGCUUUACCUCAUAGUAACAGGUGCUGUUGGUCUUCUCUCAAAAAUCAUAACCUUCCUAAGAGAAAAGCUUAUACGUCACUUCCAAGUUACUUUCAUUGAAUCCAGCCUGUAUACGAUAGAGUCUGUCUUCUUUGUACUAGGUUCAUACUGGGUGUACAAGGUCUACCCUCCGAAUUACGACCCCCUGUCAGGUCACAGUUAUUGCCAGAAAACUGCGUACAUGUUCGCCUUCGUCUACAUAACAAUUUUCUACGCGUUGAUCCUUGCAGUUUUGAGCGGCCUUCUGUGUUUCAUGUGCUGCCUUUGCCUUCUGGCCUCAGAUUCUUCUUCCAGCGAAACUGACGUGGAGAGGCAGGUCAAAGUGAUCGAAGAGAGAGAAAGACAAGCGGCAGCUGAAAAUAAAUAAUGAUCGAGGUUGUGUGGGGAGCGUAUCCUUAUUCACCCCAUGUAUUAUACAGGGUGAUUCAAAAUUAGAUGGGAAUAUUUUAAUGAGGUAUUGUUGGGAUCAAGAUAAGACUUUUGUUUCUCAUUAACAUGUGACUUGAAAGGCAUCUCCUCCAAGCUACAGCCACUGUGUAGGUUGACUAUAAAGAGUAAUUGUUAUUAUUGUGAUCAUGAUAACGAUUCAAGUGCAAGUACUGCAAGCCUCUGAAAUGCUAUUCAAAGUCAGAGUUUCUCGAUCUUUUCAAACUUGAAAUUUCGACCAAUAAAGGUGUGGACCCCCUUCGACUCCUCCAAAACUCGGUUUACAUCAUUCUUGAAGCAAGAAGGAAAUGAAGUGUCUAAGACUAGGGCAGGGACAUGCCAAUUUUGAGAAGAUUUGAUCUGUUUUUUCAGUCACAAUUUUAGGUAAUCUUUUUUUUAACUAACUUACAGUGGCUGCAGCUCGGUGAGGGUGCCUUUUAGGACACAGAAUAUGUAUAUGAAAAAAAGUCUUAUUCCGACUUCAACAAUAUAUGUCCUUGAAAUAUUUACAUCGAAGUCUGAAUCACCUUCUUCAAAGUAUAAAGUUCUGGUGAUACCAUUUGAAACAUCGCGUCAAAAUUUGUGUAUCCUCAUUGAAUUGGAUGAGAGAGAAAAUUGCUAAAAAAAUUGUACUCUGAUACAUAUAUUUGUUACCUUGUUUAUCAUAGCUACUUAUCAAACUCGAACUUGGUGUGUUGCCAGAACUUUAGAAAUCAUUGUAUUCAACAGGUGCUAUCUGUUGGGUGCAUCUACGCUUUUUAUGUAAAUACUCCAAUAAUGUAUUUUAUCAUGUAUACCUCUAGGUACCUACUUUUUAUACAUUUACUCCAAUAUUGACAGCACUGUUUGUUGGUUUGCUAUAUUAUGUAUAACUAUCAAAAGUGAAUAUAUACUUACCGGUAGCUAUGCUCUGAUGAGUUUUUUUAUGAAUGUGUAAUUCAACUGAAGAAAUAAUAUUUAUUGGAACACAUGUUUAUUUUGAUGUUAUUCGUUAUUCGUUUGAAAUUUAUAUGUACCUAAUAAAUGUAUUUUCG